CCGACAGACACCAUGCAGGUGGACUAUUCUCUCCAAUGAGAAAUUUUAGGUCCAGAAGGGGUCGUCGAAGCAAGUAUGCGAUACGCCGGAUCAUCAUGUAGGAUUCGAGGUCCCAGUCGGCACAGUGUGUGGAACAUAGCUCAAGUCAUACUUGAUGUCCUCGUGUUGUUGGAAAGUGCGACGUAUUUCAUUGUAUUCAAAAAAAAAUCAAGGUGCCCAUGGGUAUGGUUUUGGAAAGUGACACUAGCACUGACGUUUGGUGUCUGUGCUAUUCUGUCAUCGGGCUAAUCCGAAUAGACCUCGGCGGCGCGAUUGAAUCAGUGGAGGUUUCCAUAGCUUCCUACCAUGGUGAAAGACGGAUGGAAAGAGGCAGGGGUAGG